AUGACAGUUACAACAACUAGCCUGUUCAUACAUCACAAGCUAGGCUGGGAUGAGCAUCACAAUACCAAUGACACAAGAAAAGGACAAGGUCACUGCAGGACUGGCUGGCUGAUUCCUAUUCACCACUGGAAUGUGAAUGAAUUCAGUACUAACUGUGCUGUAUGUUGCACUAUUGCCUUGGUUGGAACUAUUAGCCUAAGUCAGAGGUUGGCUGUACUUCCUGGUUCCUUGUGGUGUGUUCUCCCUGUUUGCGGAAAUGUCUAUCUGGCCACAGUGGGGACAAGGAAGUGGUCAGAGAGUCAACGUAUGGAGCCACAUGGAGAGGCGGCUACUUACUCGCUCUGGAGGAACUUUGGCACAAGUUGUGAAUGUUUAUGGGGCUGGCCACACACAUUGAGCAAUGACUUGGAGGAAAAUAAAGUAGAUUUGAGUGAUGAAAACAAUGAAUAGGGCCAUAGCAGUAAAUCUGAACUUGAAGAUGAGGAUGGUGAUGAUCCCAAAGAGACAGCAGAUGUAUGAUGGUUAUUUACUGAAAAGACAAAGUUUCAAGUUGG